CUCCUCCCGCAUCGAAUACGACGCAAGUUCCGCUCCACCCGCUCGCGCAUACGCUCCAUGCAGACGCCCACCUCCUCCAUCGCGUCGCUCAACACCUCCAUCAGCCCCUCCGAUACCCUCCGCGCCCUCCGAACACACCAAUGGAGCUACUACGACGCCCAAUACCUCUUCUUGGCCCUCAUCGGCAUCUUCAGCCUGUGCAUCAUACCCACCCACGGCCCGCUAUUCAAGACGCUGCUCGCCGCAUUGCUCAUGACCAGCCUGAUAAUACCGCUCACCCGCCAAUUCUUCCUCCCCUUCCUCCCCAUCGCCGGCUGGCUCGUCGGCUUCUACGCCUGCCAGUUCAUCUCCGGCGAAUACCGCCCGCCCAUCUGGGUGCGCAUCUUACCCGCCCUCGAGAACAUCCUCUACGGCGCAAACCUCAGCAACAUCCUCUCCGCGCACAAGAACAACGUGCUCAACGUUCUCGCCUGGCUGCCGUACGGCAUCACCCACUUCGGCGCGCCCUUUGUCUGCACCGGCCUCAUGUUCAUCUUUGGACCGCCCGGAACUGCGCCCAUAUUUGCAAGAGCGUUUGGCUACAUGAACAUCUUUGGCGUCAUGACGCAGCUGCUCUUCCCAUGCUCUCCGCCGUGGUAUGAGAACAUCUACGGCCUCGCACCCGCGAACUACUCCAUUCCCGGCUCUCCCGCUGGCCUCGCAGCCAUCGACGAGCUCUUUGGCAUCAAACUCUACACCUCCACCUUCACCGCCUCGCCCGUCGUCUUCGGCGCCUUCCCCUCCCUACACUCCGGCUGCGCCACUAUCGAAGCGCUCUUCAUGGCCCACACCUUCCCGCGCCUACAACCGCUCUUCAUCUUUUACGUCGGCUGGCUGUGGUGGUCCACCAUGUACCUUUCGCACCACUACGCCAUCGACCUCGUAGCCGGCAGCACCAUCUCCAUCUUCAUCUACUACCUCUUCCGCCGCUUCCUCCCACGCCUGCAGGAGGGCAAAAUGUUCCGCUGGGACUACGACUACGUCGAAUACGGCGAGCCCGAUGACGAUGACCCCACCGCCUACCCCUCCUACGACGACUUCGCCGACCUCGACGACUUCCACCCCGCCCGCUUCCACGCCGAUAGCGACGAGUGGACCAUCGGCUCCAGCUCCAGCUUCUCCAGCAGCAGCCGCGACCCCUCCACCGGCGUCCGCUCGCCCAUCUCCGAGGGCUCAUGGGAAGGCGAGACGCUAGCGUCAUACACC